AUGGUGGCUCUACUGCUUCAAUGUCCCAAUUGCCCAAAACGAUAUAUUAAGAAGAACUCUCUGUACAAGCACGUGAAAUUUGAUUGCGGUAAUGUGAAAAGCUGGUAUUGCACGUAUCCUGACUGCAAUUAUACCACUAAUCGAAAAGAAAAUUUAAAAAAGCAUCUGGAAUCAUCAGUACAUAGAACAAUGAGGGAAACUUUUAUGUGUAACAAUUGCCCAAGAACGUACAAAAAUAUAGGGACUCUCAGGCGUCACAUGAAAUAUGAAUGUAGGUUUUUCUGUCCAAAAUGCGGCAAACUAUAUCUUAAAAAGAAGAGUUUAAAUGAGCACAUUAGGCUAAAUUGUAGAAAAAAUCCUACUAAGCAAUGUGCUUUUUGUACAUAUGCUUGCUUUGAUAAUUUCUCUUUAGUGAGACACCUUAAGAAAAAACACGUACCCAAACCAUCUUUGUAAAAAUUCAUGUAUAUUUUUUUAAUUUAAAUUAAUAUAUAAUAUUAAUUUGUAAUUAAA